AUGAGAUGGGGUCAUAAAGCUAAUCCGGAUAGGUGGUUCAUAAACUUACAACCACAAUUCCAAGAAGUUGUAGACGCAAUGGAAGUGAAUGGUGAACCAGAUGUAGCUGGUAUUUUCAGCGCGGCUUUAAUGCCAUUGAAAGAUAUGAAAGAUGCAGAUAUUUUGAACCAGUAUGAAAUGAACAUGGCUGAUGGAAAUAUAACACCUGACGUUCUAGAACAUUUAUCUCAAAGAACUACACAGAACCAUAGAGAUGGUAUAUUUGGUGAAGAGUUUAGAAAGAAAGUUAGGGAGAGAGAAGGAAGAGAACCUAUUGUACAUGACCUUGCAAACGAAAGUUUACAAAAUGUCAUAAAAACUUACUUUGCAGACAAUGAACCGAGAAGGGAUGAAUAUUUAAGAAAACUCAAAUGGACAGUACCAAAUGAAAUGUUAGUAUUGAAAAACAUGUUCCUUGACAAAAUAAAACCAACUACAGAAAUAAAUGACGCAAGACUGAAACAUUGGGUAAAAGCUUUCCCAUUCACAAAAGAUAUUAUUGGUAACAUGGAAAGAAAACCAGAAUGGCUACAAAAACAUAUAUUUGGAAACGAGCUUAUUCCAUAUGGACAAGCUCUGUUUGAAGAGCUUGAACCGGAAACUCAGGAAAGAGUCAUGCAAACAAUACGCGAAGACUCAAAUACAAACUAUGACAAAAUCUUUCUAGGAUAUAGGUUACCUGAGAUAGGCGACCAGAGCCCAAAGGCAAAAAGGACAUGGGAAAUUUACAACAUACUAGGUGAACAUGAGGCAAAGAUGCAACAACUUGAAGCAGAGGGCAAGUUACCAAAAGCGACACCAAAGAAGAAGAGUAGAACAAAGUAA